AUGACGGAAACUUACCAGUCUACCAUUGUCUUAGACGCCAAUAGCGCUUCAAAGAAUAUUCACAACCUUUACAGAAAUUCUCAAGGAAAACCCCUCGUCUCCUCAUGGCUUCCCACCAUCCAAGACACUCUCUCCUCACUCCUACGAUGGACGGGCUCCUACCCGGACGAGUUGCGGGAGCACUAUCUCAACUUCGCGCGUGAGGUUGUGGUCCCCCAUCUCAACCCGCCUCGCGCGGCCGACUGGCCGCACUAUAUCGGGACGCACAAUCAUGGACCAUACGAGAUAAGCAUCGCCUUUGCACCUCAGAAAAAGGCCAAAGUUCGGUUUUCAGUACAGCCGCUGGCUGCUAGCGAUGCAGGUGAUGACCCCCUAGGGCAGAAGGAUCUACGCAAGAAAGUCGAGGAUCUGGCGUCUGCAUGCCAUGCAGACCGCAAGCGGCUGAAUACCUUCAUCGACUCAGUCUUCCUCACUGACGAGGAGCAGGCCGGCCUACUCGAGAAGCAUGCCAAUCGCGGCGACGCGGCUGCUGUGCUGCCGCAGCAAAACUGUUUCAUUGCUUUCGAUCUUGAACCCGUUGAUAAUGGAAUCCCGUCUAUCAACAUGAAGCUAUACCUGUUUCCGCAGCUGAAAGCUCUUGCGACAGGCCGGGACCUAUUGGACGUUACAGAGUCCAUUCUGAUACGACUCGCCGAUGGUGAUAAGGCGCUACUAGCGUCCUGGGAAAUGGUUCGAACGUUUCUUACCUCUGAUGGCAAGGAAAACCUCUUGCAUUUCCUUGCCAUCGACUGCCUUGGGCCACAUACGAAGCCUCGCUUCAAGGUCUACACCCACACACACGUCAACUCGCUCGCCUCAGCCCGUCAUGUAAUCACCAUGGGCGGUCGCAUUCCCUCACCUAAAUAUCUCAAUACUCUCUGGCCCCUUCUUAUGGAUAUGGAAGACGUUUCUCUGGCUGAUAGGGAUGGACUGCAAAAGCCGCUCCGCGAACCGAAUAGCAAGUACUGUGGACUCAAUCCCACCUUUGAGCUGGUGCCAGGCAACGCAGUCCCGGUAGUCAAGAUGUACGUGCCCAUGUGGCAAUACGCGCGCGACGAGCCCGGGAUCGUGCGGCGAUACCAGCGCUUGUUACAGACGCAGGGUUUGGGGCACUACGAAAUUGAAGAUGCUGUUCAAAGCGUAUUGUAA